AUGAGAUAUUUCAUUACUUCGAUCCUCCUCCUCGGUGUAGCCAGAGGAACCGAGGCAGCGUCGACAUUGUUCCAGGGCGGAACCGUUAUUGGCUUUGACAACAAGACUGAGACACCCAAGCCUCUGUACAACACCUCCAUCUUGGUCACCGGAGACACCAUCACGGCAAUAUUUAACGAUAACAAAAAAGACUCUGUCGAGAUACCUUUGGGGACAGAAAUAGUUCCGUGUGCAGACUUGAUCAUCUCGCCCGGCUUCAUUGACACGCAUCGACACACUUGGCAGACGACCUACCGAACGAUCGCUUCCAACAUUACCCUGUCCGAGUACUUUGUUCGAUACAGUCCCCUCUCUCGAGUCCCUGAUCUAUUCACUCCCCAAGACUUUUACCUGUCUCAAGUGGUUGGUCUCUGGGAAGCGCUCAACGCAGGUGUCACGUCACUGCUUGACCACUCACACAACAUUAACUCCCGGCAAGUCGCCGAAGCUGCUCUAACUGCGUACUUGGACAGCGGUGCCCGAGUCUGGUUCGGCUACGGCUUCGACCCUACCGGCAACUUUACCAUCCCAGAACGAGCCGCACAUGUCCGUGAGCUGGCCUUGGAUCAGCGGCUGUCAACAGGUCUGGUCCAGAUGGGCAUGGCGUUUGACACUUGGACGGGAGUUGAUGAGCCAUCCCUAGAAGCGGUCCUUGAUUUACUCAAGACCGGCAACCUCUCGGUGUUGACAACACACUGGCUAGACGGGCAGUGGAACAUCCGCCACAGCCCAUCCCUAUUUCAAGGCCUGGGAAUAUUGAACCAAAGCUUUCCGAUCGUUUUUUCCCACGGCACCUUCAUCACCCCGGCCGAAUAUCAGCUCCUCAAGGAACACAACCACUACGUCUCCAUCACGCCAGAGUCCGAGAUGCACUUUGGACACACAAACCAGGAGAGCGACCUGAUAAUGGACCAGGCAGCUCUAGGAGUCGACACCCACGCCACGUACUCUGGAGACAUUGUCACUCAGGCUAGGAUGUGGCUGCAGAGCGUAAGACUACGAUCUUUUAGAAAGACGCUCGACGAGUGGAAGAUCCCUCGCUAUAGCCCAAUGUCGGUUAACCAAGCGUUCCACCUAGCCACGCGAGCAGGUGCUCAGGCUCUUCGUCGUCCUGACCUCGGUAUCCUCCAAGUUGGAGCCAAGGCUGAUAUAGUCACCUUUGACGGAAAGUCGGCAAACAUGGUUGGAUGGAGAGAUCCAGUUGCGGCCAUCAUACUGCAUUCCAACGUUGGCGAUGUGAGGGAUGUCAUGAUUGGUGGGAGUUUUGUCAAGAGGAAUGGAAACCUGGUUGCUGAGAACCUAGCAAAUGUCACGGCGAGGUUUCAGCAAUCGUCGGCGAGGAUUCAGGAAGAGGCUGUCAAGAUUCCAUACGAGAUGAAAGGCGGUUUCGUCUUCAAUCCUGUUCUUCCAUCUGGUGUGGUCGAGCCUGUAGAUGCUGUGAGGGGCGACAGAACAGGGUACUAG